AUGUUCCCAGGCUGCCCACGCUUCUGGGUCCUGGUGGUCCUGAGCACCAGCUGGGCAAGGUGGGGGAGCCAAGAAGCCGAAGCAGCGCAGCUAAGGCAAUUCUAUGUGGCUGCUCAGGUCAUCAAUUGGAACUAUCGCCCUCAGCCCACAGACCCAAGCCAGACUUCUGCACCUUCCUUUAAGAAAAUUGUCUACAGAGAGUAUGAACCGUAUUUUAAGAAAGAAAAGCCACAAUCUAGCAUUUCAGGACUUCUUGGACCUACUUUAUAUGCUGAAGUUGGAGACACAAUGAAAGUUCACUUUAAGAAUAAGGCAGAAAAAUCUGUAAGCAUCCACCCUCAAGGAAUUAAGUACAAUAAAUUAUCAGAAGGUGCUGGUUACCUUGACCGGACGUCCCCUGAGGAGAAGAUGGACGAUGCUGUAGCUCCAGGCCAAGAGUACAUUUAUGAAUGGAAGAUCACGGAGGACAGCGGACCCACACAGGAUGAUCCUCCAUGCCUCACACACCUCUAUUACUCCUAUGAAAAUCUGACACAAGACUUCAACUCUGGGUUGGUUGGACCUCUGCUUAUCUGUAAGAAAGGCACCCUAACUACGGAUGGGAUUCAGAAGAUGUUUGACAAGCAACAAGUACUAAUGUUUGCUGUGUUUGAUGAAAGCAAGAGCUGGAUUCCAACAUCAUCCUUAAUGUACACAGUCAAUGGCUAUGUGAAUGCGACAAUUCCAGAUAUAACAGUUUGCGCCUAUGACCACAUCAGCUGGCAUCUGAUUGGAAUGAGCUCUGGGCCAGAAUUGUUCUCCGUUCAUUUCAGUGGGCAAGUCUUGGAGCAGAACCAUCACAAGGUCUCAGCCAUCACCCUCGUCAGUGCCACAUCCACAACAGCAAACAUGACAGUGAGCCCAGAAGGAAGGUGGUCUAUAACGUCUCUCAUCCCAAAACACUUUCGAGCUGGGAUGCAGGCUUACCUCAACAUUAAGAACUGCCCAAAGAAAACCAGAAGUCCAAAGAAACCAACUCGAGAAGAGCGGCGGUACAUUAAGAGAUGGGAAUACUUUAUUGCUGCAGAGGAAGUAAUUUGGGACUAUGCACCUGUAAUCCCAGUUAAUAUAGACAGGAAAUACAGAUCUACGCAUUUAGAUAAUUUCUCAAACCAAAUUGGCAAGAAUUAUAAAAAGGUCAUCUACACGCAAUAUCAAGAUGAGUCCUUCACCGAACGCCUAGAAAAUCCCCCUGCACAAUUUGGGAUUUUGGGUCCUGUUAUCAGAGCCCAAGUCAGAGACACACUCAAAAUUGUGUUUAAAAAUAUGGCCAGCCGCCCUUACAGCAUUUAUCCUCAUGGAGUGACCUUUUCUUCUUAUGAAGAUCAAGCUAACUCUUCCUUCUCUUCAGACCAUACCUCCAUGAUCAGAGCGAUUCAACCGGGCGAAACCUAUACUUAUAAAUGGAAUAUCCUAGAAUCUGAUGAACCCACAGAAAAUGACGCCCAGUGCUUAACAAGACCAUACUACAGUGAUGUGGAUAUCACAAGAGAUAUUGCCUCAGGGCUCAUAGGCCUACUUCUAAUUUGUAAGAGCAGAUCCCUGGACAAACGAGGCAUACAGAAAGUAGCAGAUAGAGAGCAGAUGAUUGUAUAUGCUGUAUUUGAUGAGAACAAGAGUUGGUACAUUGAGGACAACAUCAACAAGUAUUGUGAAAAUCCUGAUAUGGUGAAACGUGAUGACCCCAAGUUUUAUGAAUCAAACGUCAUGAGCACUAUCAAUGGCUAUGUGCCAGAGAGCCUAUACCCACUGGGCUUCUGUUACGAUGACAAUACCCAGUGGCACUUCUGCAGUGUGGGAACCCAAGAUGACAUUUUGACCAUUCAUUUUACUGGACACUCAUUCAUCAAUGGUAAGAGGCAUGAGGACACCCUGGCUCUCUUCCCAAUGCGUGGAGAAUCUGUUACCAUCACAAUGGACAAUGUCGGAACCUGGAUGUUAACUGCUACAAGCUCCAGUCCAAGAAGCCGUAAUUUAAAGCUGAGAUUCAAGGAUGUGAAAUGUAUCCGGGAUGAUUAUGAUUAUUCAUAUCAUCUUACAUAUGGAUCUUCCCUCUCUGCAACCAUGGAAACUCGGAAAAUGCGUGAUCGUUCAGAAAAUGAAGAGAAUAAUGAAGAAGAUGAUUACCAGGAUUACCUAGUUUCUAAGUUAGGAAUUAGGUCAUUUAAAAAUGUAUCUUUGAAUCCUGGAGAAGAUGAGCUUAAUCUUACUGCCCUAGCUCUGGAAAAUAGCUCUGAAUUUACUCCUCCAAAUACAGAUAGAGCUAUAAGUUCAAAUUCUUCUACCCCAAGUAACAUUAGUUGGCUUGUAGACAAUGACAUCUUAGCAGCUCAAAAAUCCCUUCCUCAACCAACAGCCACAACCACUGGUUCCCUCCUGGGGCACCUUGCUGGCUUAGACAAGGAUGCCACUCUCAACUCUUCUACAGCAGAGCAUCCCAAUUUUUACUCUAAGGACACUCUAGAGGAUCCUCUCCAGUCAGCUAUUACAAGGGUAAGUGUACAUCCUCUUGUUGGAGUAGGACCCAGAAGUCAGAAACAUGCUAAACAUAAGGGAGUGAACCCAGGAAGAGACCAAGCAGUAAAGCCCAUGAUUUCCCAAAAAGAAACACCAGCACAUAAAACUGGGAGGCAUUUAAGACAACACAAUAUCUCUCCUUCCAGAAUAGAGCGCAUGGAGGAAUUUCCUAGAAAUCCAGUACUUUUAAAACAGAAGAAUCCAUCUAAGAUUUUGGAUGGAGACUGGCAUUUAGUUUCUGAGAAUGUUAGCUACAAAAUCAUCCAAGAAACUGAUGAAGAUACACCUUCUAAUAGGCUGCUCAAUAGCUCUCAGGGUGAUUCAAGGACUUUGGGAAAUAGCAAGCCCUUUGCAAAUAAGCCUGGAAAGCAGAAUGGUCACCUAAACUUUUCUGCAGUUAGACAUAAUUCCUUACAAGUAAGACAGAAUGGAGAAAAUAAUGGAUUAAAGAAAACGUUUUACAUCCGGACACGGAAAAAGAAAAGGGGACAGAAAUAUGCACACCGUGUUCCUAUGUCUCCCAGAGGCUUUAACCCACCAAGAAGAGAGGCCAACAUCACACUUUCAGGCAGCAGUGUUGAUGAUUCCUUGUUACCCUAUACGCCCAGUGAAAUGACUCUUCAUGCAUACCUCAACCUGACACUGCAAUCUAAGACCCUUACCCCAGUAGGUUUACUUAUCCGUGCCCUUCUUCAGUACCACCGAAACAAUGGCACACGUCUCACAGACUACCUUUUGAAUCUUCAUCAAGUAGAAUCCACAGAAAAAUCCUCUCAAAUUAAAGAUUUUGAUCCAAUUACAUAUCUCAACCAGACACAGAGAUCUAUGAACCCUAGCCUGUUAGCUUUACUUCUUGGCCUUAAUCAGAACCACCUAAAUAAUGACUCUCAGGAGAGAGGCUACCCUCUGGAUCUUUAUGAAGUAGAUUCCAAAGGGGAAUACUCUCAAAUUCAAGAUCCUGAUUCAAUGUACUUUUCUCUAGACCCCCAUAACAGCACCUUAGCUACAGAGCUUGACCUCAACUAUGACCUAAGUUAUGAGUUACCCCUCAAUGACAGUGAUCAAGUGUUUUCUUCCAUGGAACCUGAAGUUUGGCAUGCAACUGAUUUUCCAGACGUUAGUCAACAAUCUGAAUCACCAGACCUCGGCCAGCCCAGCCCAGAAGACUUCUCUUCAGAACUCAGACAGACAGUCCUCUCUCCUGACUUUGGACAGAUGACCAUUUCACCGGACUUUAGUCAUAUAAAUCUCCCCUCAGAUGUUAACCAGACAAUCCUUUCUCCAGAAGUCAGCCAAGCAACUCUCUCCCCAGACCUCAAUAAGGUCACCUCCUUGCCGGAGGACUUCUCUUCAGAACCCAAUCAGACAGUCAUUUUAUCUGACUUCAGCCAGGCAACCAUUUCUCCAGAAUUUAGCCAGCUAAACCAUCCUUCAGAACUCAGUCAAACGACCUCUUCUCCAGACCUUGAAGAGAUGACCUCUCCUUCUGAAUCUAGUCAGUUACUGCCUCUUCCAGAAUUUGGUCAAACAUUGUCUUCUCCAGACCCUGAUCAAAUGCCAUCUCCUCCAUUCAAUGACACUUCAAUACUAGACCAAUUUUACUCAUCAGUUGUAGCUGGCCUUUCAAGAGAGGAUGCAGAUUACAAUGACUUUUUUUCAAGACAGGUGGCUUCCAUCAGUGAAGAAGACGAGUCCGUUGAAAUUGAUUUUGUGCGUUACGAUGAUCCCUACCAAACUGAUACUAGAACAAACAUCAACUUAUCUAGAAAUCCUGACAGCAUUGCAGCGUGGUACCUCCGCAGUAACAAUGGAAACAGGAAGAAAUAUUAUAUUGCUGCUGAAGAAAUAUCCUGGGAUUAUUCAAAAUUUGCACCAAGUGGUGACAUGGAUGAUGAAUACGCUGAUGAUGCUCCUAAGAACACUGUAUAUAAGAAAGUCGUUUUUCGAAAAUAUCUUGAUAGCAGUUUUACCAAGAGGGAUUCUCGUGGGGAAUAUGAAGAACAUCUUGGGAUUCUUGGUCCUGUUAUCAGAGCUGAAGUAGAUGAUGUUAUCCAGGUUCAUUUUAAAAAUUUGGCAUCCAGACCAUAUUCUCUUCAUGUUCAUGGACUUUCCUAUGAAAAAUCUUCAGAGGGAAAGACUUACGAUGAUGAUUCACCGGACUGGUUUAAGGAAGAUAAUGCUGUUCAACCAAACGGCACCUAUACGUAUGUAUGGCAUGCUACUGCUCGAUCAGGGCCAGAGAACUCUGGCUCUGCCUGUCGUGUGUGGACCUACUAUUCGGCAGUGAACCCGGAGAAGGACAUCCACUCAGGCCUGAUUGGUCCCCUGUUGAUCUGCAAAAAAGGGACACUACACAAAGUGAGCAACAUGCCUGUGGACAUGAGGGAAUUUGUCUUACUUUUUAUGAUCUUUGAUGAAAAGAAGAGCUGGUACUAUGAAAAGCCCAAAAGGUCUCGGACACUCGGAGCCUCAGAAGUCAAAAUUUCUCAUGAAUUUCCUGCCAUUAAUGGACUGAUCUACGGCUUGCCAGGCCUGAUUAUGUAUGAGCAAGAGUGGGUGAGGCUGCAUCUCCUGAACAUGGGCAGCUCCCAAGACAUUCACGUGGUUCAUUUUCAUGGCCAGACUUUGCUGGAUAAUGGCACCAAAGAGCACCAGUUAGGAGUCUGGCCCCUUCUGCCUGGUUCAUUUAAAACUCUUGAAAUGAAGGCAUCAAAACCUGGCUGGUGGCUCCUAAACACAGAGGUUGGGGAAAACCAGGAAGCAGGGAUGCAAACAUUGUUCCUCAUCGUAGACAGAGAAUGUAAAAUGCCAAUGGGACUAAGCACUGGCGUGAUAUCAGAUUCACAGAUCAAGGCUACUGAACAUCUAGGUUAUUGGGAGCCCAGAUUAGCAAGAUUAAACAAUGGUGGAUCGUAUAAUGCUUGGAGCAUAGAAAAGGUUUCCGGGGAUUUUGGCUCUAGAUCCUGGAUCCAGGUGGACAUGCAAAGGAAUGUCAUACUAACAGGGAUCCAGACUCAAGGUGCCAAACACUACCUCAAGUCCUACUACACUACCGAGUUCUACGUGGCUUACAGCUCCGACCAUACACACUGGCAAAUCUUCAAGGGGAACAGCACAAAGAACCAGAUGUAUUUUGAUGGCAAUUCAGAUGCCUCUACAAUAAAAGACAACUAUUUUGACCCACCUAUUGUGGCUAGAUACAUUAGAAUCUCUCCAACCAGGUCCUACAACAGACCUACCCUCCGAUUGGAGCUGCAAGGUUGUGAAGUUAAUGGAUGUUCCACACCACUUGGGAUGGAAAGUCGAAAGAUAGAAAACAAGCAAAUCACAGCUUCCUCAUUUAAAAAAUCUUGGUGGGGAGAUUACUGGGAACCUUCCUGCGCCCGGCUCAACAAUCAGGGACGUGUGAAUGCCUGGCAACCCAUGGCAAACAACAACAGACAGUGGCUACAGAUUGAUCUGCUCAAAGUCAAGAAGAUAACUGGAAUUAUAACACAAGGCUGCAAGUCUCUGAACUCUGAAAUGUAUGUGCAGAGCUACACCAUCCACUACAGCAACCAGGGAGUGGAAUGGAAGCCUUACAGGCAGAAAUUCUCCAUGGUAGACAAGAUUUUCAGAGGAAAUAAUAAUAUCAAAGGACACGUGAAGAACUUUUUCAACCCGCCAAUCAUUUCCAGGUUUAUCCGAAUCAUUCCUAAAACAUGGAAUCAAAGUAUUGCACUUCGUGUGGAACUGUUUGGCUGUGAUAUUUACUAA